CUCUUUUCGGCACUCCGGCCUAAACAAUGCGAGUGGCUUCAAGGUUUCCGGCAAGUCGAACGCUACGUGUGCUGGAGUUUUUGCCGGCUGCAUUGCGAGAAACAGCAUGCAGUGCAUUGCUGUCGUCUUGGCCACGAUUGUCAUUGUACCCGUAAGCGGCGACAGCAGUUGUAGCAAAACCGGCAAUUGUAAAGAAUUGGCGUGCGGUCCACUGGAAGUUCCCGUAUCUGGGAAACCUCGUUACGACCAUUUCUGCAGGCCUCUGUUCACGCCUCCUUGGGAGCUGCGCAAACUGCGGAGAUGCGUUUGCAAGCGACGCUACCUACGGAACUCCUGGGGCGAGUGCAUCCCGCGCUUGAAGUGCAUCCCUUGCCAGUUUCGAUGGCAGAAAGAUUAUCGCGAGUGUGUAGAUGGGUGCCCUGCGACCUGCAACUUUCCCUUCAGGAAGUCAUGCGACAAACCAUGUGCUCCCGGAUGUGGAUGCCCACCUGGCUGGGUAGUGCACCCGAGGAAACCAUGGAAGUGCAUCAAGACCAAUGGAUGUCUUCCCAAAUGUCCAGCCCACUCCGAAUUUCAGUCUUGCGUAUCGAGUUGUCUGCCUAAGUGUGGCCGAGUUACACCCGAGAAAUGCGAAGUGAAUUGCAACAGGGGAGCGUGCGUUUGUAAGAAAGGAUAUAUUGGACUCGAGGAGGAAGGAAAGUUAACGUGUGUGCGUGAAGUAGUGUGCUCCUGGAUUACACGCAGUAAGCCUUCACUCAAGCCCAGUGACAUUCCACACUCCGGUACCCCAGGAGGAACCCUCACCCCCACAAGUACGCUUUCUAAAAUUGUUGGGCAGGCACUAAAUGCGACUAUGACUGCGGCCACAAUAUCUUCGAGUGGCUCUCAAGCAAACCCGGUGGAAACGCCCUCCAUUAGUGAUGCAAGUCCAUCCUGCUGGCGUUGUGAGCGCAGGCACUCAGGGUGGAAGCGCUGUGAGUGGAGUUUCAGGUACAACAAUAGGUGUCAGUGCAAGUACUCAAGGAGGAGACACUCUAAAUGGCGUAUCAGGCGUAACCGAAGCAAGCAGCGUUGGUAUUCGAGGUGGAGGCACUGCAAGUGGGGUGUCAGCUAUGCCUGGAGAAAGCAUCGGAAGAACUCAAAGCUAGGGCACAAUACAUGGAGAAUCAGGUAUGAGUGGAGGAAGCAGUGCAGGUGUUGACGGUGGAGGCUCCUUGAAUGACUUAUCAGGUACAACCGGUGGAGGUGCUAAUAUGAGAGUAGGCUCCUAAAGCGGGCCCACUUCGCUCCGGGGAGGGAUAAUUUUCAACGGUAGCCAAACAGGAAUGUGCAGUUCACCUACAAAUGUUCUCUCAGCUGUAGUCGGGGAUGAAAAUAUUGAUACACCAGCACCAGGUGCAACGUCACCAACUGGAACAGUGGUAGGAGGAGCUGCCACCGUAACUGGCGCACCAGCUGGACCUUCCCCUGGAAGUGUCGGGAGUGUGCCAUCUUUGACCACAAUCAACUUACCCUCUAAAAUACCAAGCAUUACAGCAGAAUGUUUUAGACCACGAGAAGGUGCGGUUCUAAUGGGCACAGAGCAAGACGGAUCUACCAUCGUUGAAAUGAAUAAUUUCGGUAGCCGCAUAUCAGACGUGGGGCUGAUAGUUCACGAACGAUUCCUUUCUGUUGGCAGCGCAGCCCAAACGGAAAACACACUGCUAAUAGAUACUGGUGAAACUGAGAGAACAAUGUAAGCGCGCAAGGUUACAGUCGCAACCUAGCUCCUUUCAAUCCGACGAAACAAGUUCCUCUCUGAAGACAACGCUGCAACAUGGGGCUCCAACAUUUUUGCGCUGAAUAAUUCCCGCAUUAUCACGAAUAGCAAACUGCGCAAAACAACUGCUCAGUGCUAAAUUUAUUGCAUUGCAAAAAGAGAAAUAGGAACCUAAUUAAUUAUUACAAUUUAAACAUAUUCGCUGUAGUUAGAAGGGGUCACAUCACGGGCUUUCAUGAAGAGUGGAGUGGUUCCCAUCCACAUAUCUUUUAUUUUAUUUCUCUUGUACGCUCUUGUUACGAGUUCCACCAUAGCUGCUGCUCUUUCAUAAAAUUCUUUUGAUGCAAUUACUCCUGUAGCUCAUUGCAUUUGCUGGUUUAUGAGCUCAAGACAUAUGAGGUAAGGGCAAAAAUUGUUUCCCUCCACCCCUAAAUAUGCAGGACUGAAAUAGCGAUAACCAAGCGGUUUUUUUUGUGAGACCUGCUGCUUUUGUAGUCAUUUUAAAACUUGUAAUAACU